GGUCAAAAAAGGGAAACUUCUUGUUAUUGUCUUGUCACCCUUAGUAGCAGGCACAUACUUGGGAAAGUCAGGUUUCCUGUAUAUGAGACGUGCUAGAGUGGGCCAAAGGAAGAAAAUCCUAUGCAGAGCAAUCAGCAAGUAGCAGUGGGCAGGGAGCAGUGGAGCCGUGAGGGGAAAACAACAGGAAAACAACAGAGCUAAUGGCCUGGCAGGGUUCCUCACACCCAGAGCUCUACCACCAUGUGAGGCUAACAAUACAAGCCCACACCCAUCAUCACAUUGUACGGAGCAGUUUCCCGACCCUGUGUGAGAGCAGAGAAGACACCUGUGAUGGUGAAAGCAAGGCACUGAUGAAGGGAUUUUAGUAUGAGGAAAUGAGGUGAGGUCAAAGGAAUUUGUACAUAGAAACUGCAGCUGAAUUUGAAUCAAAGUAAACCACGAAAUGCUUACUUUGUGCUUCAUUCAAUUGUAGCAACUAAACAUCACUUCUGAGUGAUUCAAACCUGAAAGGGAAGUCUCGGAUGUCAUAUUGGUGUUGGACUAUAUAUAUGUGUGUAAAUUCUGUAGCACUGCCAAGUCUAAAUUCAAAUCAGUACCCUGGAAUGGAGCUAUCGGUGAACUGUGAGACAAAAAUCAAUCAAUAUAGAUAUAAGGAUAUAUGAGCAUAGGAGGAAACAAUUAUAUACCAUUUACAUAUACCUAUAUGCAUUCAUAUUAAAUCAAGGCAUGCACCCACAGGUACUGCAGAGAAAUAUACAGGUUGAGAUUAGGAAAGGUUCAAGGGCAUUAAUGGAAAAACAAAAAACUGUUACACGUGUCUACAUGAUCUCACUAUAGGAAAUGAAGGUGCCUUUAUGCCUUCUUGAAUGAAUUUAGAUAAAAGAUGACCACAUAAGAAGAUUGAUUUUUCUUACUAGUCUGUUUGAUACUCUGAAUAACAAUCAAAAAUAAUUUGCAGACUGCCUAUAUGUGAGACCUUAUUACAAUGGCUGAAGACAGCAGAGAAUCCUCUUUGGAAACAGAAAAGGAUAGCAGGGGACAGAGAGUAGUGAAGAACUCCGGAGAAGAGAAAAAAGCUAACAACCCUAGAAAUGUUUUCGACCCUGCAGAACUCUGCCACAAUACAGGGUGAUACUCCCAACUCCAAAUACCAUCAUAUUGGAUUGUGUCCUUGACUCAGACCUGCAGUUAGUUUACCCUACUUGUGGACCAAGAGAGACGAUCAAGCAAAGAAGUAAUGGAGGGCCUUCGAGGCAGCACAUUUAGUGGAAUAAGAGGGCUGACUAUCUCCACACAAAAGUUUAUUUUGAAAUAACUGCCACCACACAGGCUGUCAGGCACUGGGACUGAGGUCAUAACAAAGAGGCUUAUUUAAAUCUGGAAGUGUUAUGAUUUUCCCUAGCCUAAGAUGUUGAUUGCCAUCGUAUAAAUCCUCCUUUCUUAUAAAAAAUGACAUUUCAGAACCAAAUUGUGCUAUACAAAUGAAUAGUCAGAAUUUAACUGGUUUAUGUGCAGAGUAAUGAAAGAGAGUUUUUCCAGAAGAGUGAAUUUGGAAUUGUGUCUCCUGUCUGACUGUGUUCUUUUAUCAUCCUCCAGUCCACCCACAAAUGAAUUACCAGGCACGGACCUGGAGGCACGUAUCAGUGAAAGUCCCGAUCCGAAUGCCCUGGCGGGAGUCAUCAUUGAGAGAAGCCCCAGUGACCGCCCACACAACAGUGAAUGUAAAGGAGCAGCCCUGUUGUCACCUAUCAGUAAAAGCAGCAAGAUUAAGAAAAUUGCGCGUUCUAUUGUAUCAUCCUUUGCAUUUGGAUUAUUUGGAGUUUUCCUGGUCUUACUGGAUGUCACUCUCCUCCUUGCCGACCUGAUUUUCAAUGAUAGCAAACUUUAUAUUCCUUUGGUGUAUCGUUGUAUUUCUCUAGCUAUUGCCUUAUUUUUUCUCAUGGAUAUUCUUCUUCGAGUAUUUGUUGAAGGGAGACAGCAGUAUUUUUCUGACUUAUGUAACGUUUUAGAUACCGCCGUUAUCGUGACUCCUCUGCUGGUUGAUGUCGUUUACAUUUUUGUUGACAUUGAGUUUCUUAGGAAUAUUCCCAGAUGGAUACAUUUCGUUCGACUUCUACGACUUAUUAUUCUGAUAAGAAUUUUUCAUCUGAUUCAUCAAAAAAGACAACUUGAAAAGCUGAUGAGAAGGCUGGUUUCAGAAAACAAAAGGCGAUACACAAGGGAUGGAUUUGACCUAGACCUCACUUAUGUUACAGAACGUAUUAUCGCUAUGUCAUUUCCAUCUUCUGGAAGGCAGUCUUUCUAUAGAAAUCCAAUUGAGGAAGUCGUGCGGUUUCUAGAUAAGAAACAUCCAAAUCACUAUCGAGUCUAUAAUCUAUGCAGUGAAAGAGCUUAUGAUCCUAAGUACUUCCAUAAUAGGGUCAGUAGAAUCAUGAUUGAUGACCAUAAUGUCCCCACUCUACAUGAGAUGGUGGUUUUCACCAAGGAAGUAAAUGAGUGGAUGGCUCAAGAUCCUGAAAACAUCGUAGCAGUUCACUGUAAAGGAGGCAAAGGAAGAACUGGAACUAUGAUUUGUGCCUUCCUUAUUGCCUCCGAAAUAUUUUUAACUGCAGAGGAAAGCCUGUAUUAUUUUGGAGAAAGGCGAACAGAUAAAACCAACAGCAGUAAAUUUCAGGGAGUAGAAACUCCUUCUCAGAAUAGAUAUGUUGGAUAUUUUGCACAAGUGAAACAUCUCUACAACUGGAAUCUCCCUCCAAGACAGAUACUCUUUAUAAAAAGAUUGAUUGUUUAUUCGAUUCGUGGUGUUGGAACAGGCUAUGUAUGUGAUCUAAAAGUCCAAAUAGUAAUGGAGAAAAAAGUUGUCUUUUCCAGUACUUCAUUGGAAAAUUGUUCGAUACUGCAUGACAUUGAAACAGACAGAGUGUUAAUUGAUGUGUUCAGUGGUCCUCCUCUGCAUGAUGAUGUGAAGGUACAGUUUUUCUCUUCGAAUCUUCCUAAAUACUAUGACAAUUGUCCAUUUUUCUUCUGGUUCAACACAUCUUUUAUUCAAAGUAACAGGCUUUAUCUACCAAGAAAUGAAUUGGAUAAUCCACAUAAACAAAAAACAUGGAAAAUUUAUCCACCACAGUUUGCAGUGGAGGUACUUUUUGGUGAGAUGACUUACAAUUACGUUGUAGCUGGAUCUGAUUAAGUAUAGUUCCCCUUUCCCCUUCUGGGAAAGAAUUAUGUUCCUUCCAACCCCUGCCACAUGUUCGUAUGUCCUAAAUCUUCCUUGAUGAUAUAUCUAUAUUUAUAUAUGUUUACAUAUGUUCUUGAUAAAUCUAUUAAAUAUAUAGAGAUAAAA